AUGAGGAGAUUUGUUUACUGCAAGGUGGUUCUAGCCACUUCUCUCAUGUGGGUGCUUGUGGACGUCUUUUUACUUCUGUACUUCAGUGAAUGUAAUAAAUGUGAUGACAAGAAAGAGAGGUCUCUGCUGCCUGCUCUGAGGGUGCUACAGGGAGUUCAAAGACCUCAUGAAGGACCUGGAGAGAUGGGAAAGGCUGUGCUCAUUCCAAAGGAUGACCAGGAGAAGAUGAAAGAGCUGUUUAAAAUCAACCAGUUUAAUCUUAUGGCCAGUGACUUGAUUGCCCUGAACCGAAGUUUGCCUGACGUGAGGUUAGACGGUUGCAAGACAAAAGUCUACCCUGACGAACUCCCCAACACAAGUGUAGUUAUUGUGUUUCACAAUGAAGCGUGGAGUACUCUGCUUCGGACCGUGUACAGCGUUAUAAAUCGCUCACCGCACCGCCUGCUUUCAGAAAUCAUCCUGGUGGAUGAUGCCAGUGAGAGAGAGUUUCUGAAGGCCUCGUUAGAGAAUUAUGUGAAAAACCUGGAAGUCUCCAUAAAAAUCAUUCGGAUGGAGCAGAGGUCAGGACUGAUCCGCGCGCGGCUCCGAGGGGCAGCAGCCUCUAAAGGGCAGGUGAUAACAUUCCUGGACGCACACUGUGAGUGCACCCUGGGCUGGCUCGAGCCGCUGCUGGCCAGGAUAAAGGAGGACAGGAAAACUGUUGUCUGCCCAAUCAUUGAUGUGAUCAGCGAUGACACAUUUGAAUACAUGGCUGGAUCUGAUAUGACUUAUGGAGGGUUUAACUGGAAACUUAACUUUCGCUGGUAUCCGGUUCCCCAGAGAGAGAUGGACAGGAGGAAAGGAGACAGGACCUUGCCUGUAAGGACCCCUACUAUGGCUGGUGGCCUAUUUUCUAUUGACAGAAACUACUUUGAAGAGAUAGGAACUUACGAUGCAGGAAUGGAUAUCUGGGGUGGCGAGAAUCUUGAAAUGUCUUUUAGGAUCUGGCAGUGCGGCGGCUCCCUUGAGAUUGUCACCUGCUCCCAUGUUGGCCACGUUUUCCGAAAGGCAACACCUUAUACCUUCCCAGGUGGCACGGGACACGUCAUCAACAAGAACAACAGGAGACUGGCAGAGGUCUGGAUGGAUGAGUUUAAGGACUUUUUCUAUAUAAUAUCCCCAGGUGUUGUUAAGGUGGAUUAUGGCGAUGUGUCUGUCAGAAAAGCACUAAGAGAAAACCUGAAGUGUAAACCCUUCUCGUGGUACUUGGAAAACAUCUAUCCCGACUCCCAGAUUCCACGGCGUUAUUACUCACUUGGUGAGAUCAGGAACGUUGAAACCAACCAGUGUUUAGACAACAUGGGCCGCAAGGAAAAUGAAAAAGUGGGCAUUUUCAACUGCCAUGGCAUGGGCGGAAAUCAGGUGUUUUCUUACACCGCUGACAAAGAGAUCCGCACGGACGACUUGUGCCUGGACGUCUCGAGGCUGAACGGCCCCGUCAUCAUGCUGAAGUGCCACCACAUGAGGGGGAACCAGCUCUGGGAGUACGAUGCCGAGAAGCUCACCCUGAGGCACGUCAACAGCAACCAGUGUCUGGAUGAGCCGUCGGAGGAGGACAAGAUGGUUCCCACCAUGAGGGAGUGCGGUGACAGCCGUUCCCAGCAGUGGCUGCUGCGCAACAUGACCCUGGGUGCCUGA